UUACCUUACUUUAUUUGUAUCUCGCGGCGGUCAGAAGAGAAGAAAAGUGUGAAGAGAGCGGCGAGCAAAAUCUAUCAAUGACGACUCGAAUCGCUCCAGGCGUUGGAGCGAAUCUACUCGGCCAGCACUCGGCCGAGAGAAAUCAAGAUGCUACUGCGUACGUCGGCAAUCUUGACGCUCAGGUUACAGAGGAGUUACUAUGGGAAUUGUUUGUCCAAGCUGGCCCCGUUGUUAAUGUUUAUGUUCCAAAAGAUAGGGUGACAAAUCUCCAUCAAGGAUAUGGCUUUGUGGAGUUUCGUAGUGAAGAAGAUGCUGAUUAUGCAAUCAAGACUCUGAACAUGAUCAAACUUUAUGGGAAGCCAAUACGCGUAAAUAAGGCUUCCCAAGACAAGAAGAGCUUGGAUGUUGGGGCAAACCUUUUUGUUGGAAAUCUUGAUCCAGAUGUGGAUGAAAAAUUACUGUAUGAUACUUUCAGUGCAUUUGGAGUCAUCGUGACAAAUCCUAAGAUAAUGAGAGAUCCUGAAACUGGGAAUUCUCGUGGUUUUGGUUUCAUCAGCUAUGAUUCUUUUGAAACAUCUGAUGCAGCUAUUGAGGCCAUGAACGGUCAAUAUCUAUGCAACCGUCAAAUAACAGUGUCGUAUGCAUACAAGAAAGACACGAAAGGGGAGCGUCACGGCACUCCAGCUGAGAGAGUCCUGGCUGCUAGCAAUCCUGGUGCUCAGAAGAAUAGGCCUCACACUUUGUUUGCAAGCGGACCGCCCACUCUUCCGAAUGGGCCGCAGGCCAAUGGUGCUAUGGGUGCAGCGAUGCCUCCUCGACCCUUUGCUAACGGCCCUGUUCCUCCUGGUCAAAUGCCACCUCUUCGCCCUGCGCCACCACCCCAAGGUGGGUCCUUCCCACCUCCUCCUAUGCAUAUGUCAGCCCCACCUUCAUGGCCUGGUCAGCCACAGCAGCAGGGCCAGUCAAUGGCACCACCGGUCAUGUCGUCACUGCCAGGUCAACAGUUCAGGCCUCAAGUGAGACCUCCGCCGCCGAACAUGCCACCACCUCCACAGGGGAUGAUGUUGAGGCCUCCACCGCCCCCUAUGGGGGUUGGUGCCCCACAGCCUAUGUGGCGUCCAGGCCCACCACCACCUCAGCAACUAGCUGGGAUGCCCCUCCCCCCACCACAGAUGUCCAUGCUGCCACCGCCGCCGCCACCAAAUGCUCCUCCUCCACCACCACCAGCUGCUUCUACUGCUUGAAAACAUCGAACCAUUUUGGAUAUGUAACUCUUGACAAAUUUUGCUAAUGCAAGAAAGUGGGUAGUUUCCUGACGUUUUUCAUUGGAUUUGUCCUUAAUCAGCGGGCGGUUAUUGUAAUGUCUGUGCACUGUGCUCUGAUAUUCUCAUAGAAAGAUUCAAAAGAUGUUACCA